AGCUCCGUGGAUGGCUCGCCGAACUUGGCGGCUGUAUCGACGCGUUUGCGCUUCUUGGUCUUUGGGUCACCCUUGAAUGAUAAGGCUUUUACCAUGUUGAUGUUGUUCCUGGUGUGGGGUUGGUCACUGAGUGACCGCAGUCUAGAACAGCUUUAGUUGUAGUAUGAAGAACGAAUGCGGGGUCAAGACUAGCGCCGCUAACCCUCCUCCAACAGCUACCUGCCCCUCUUGGACUGGAAUGCGGUGAAUUCCGCGAUUUGAGAGAGGACUAUAAAACUGGCUUCCCAAUAUAUUGCACUUUUGUGUAUUAUAAUAUUUGAUUUAAGGACUAUAUUAUUUCUAUUUUCAAGCAAUGGCGCAUGCUGCGGUGACUGUUAGCCUUGAGGCCCUCAAAAAUGGAACUGUGCCUUUCUCUACAUUAGAAGCUGCCUUUGGUCCAGAGUCACUCGGAAUAAUUCUUGUCAAAGAUGUAGACCCUGCUUUUGUUGAACUACGUCAACGACUAUUGUCCUAUUCGACUUAUCUGGGCAACCUCCCUCCCCAAAUUCUAGAGCAGCUAGAAGAUGCAACUGCCAAGUACCUUACCGGGUGGUCUUUGGGCAAGGAGACGUUAAAAAACGGCCAGGUCGACACGUUGAAGGGGUCAUAUUAUGCCAACUGCGCUUUUUAUAUGAACCCAGAGCUGGAAUGUGCGGAGAGCACUGCCGAAUUCUCCUUGGAGAAUUUCCCCGAAUACCUGAGCCCAAAUGUCUGGCCAUCUGAGGGUGUUCUCCCUGGAUUUCGCCCGACAUUUGAAGAGCUUUGUCGAGUGAUAAUCGAUACCGCAGUUCUGGUCGCACGUGCAUGUGACCAGUAUGCGGAGCAGAAAAUAGACGGUUAUACGAAGGGGUAUUUGGAGCACGUCGUUCGAACCUCAACUACGACGAAGGCCCGACUGUUGCACUAUUACCCAUCUCCUCCCGUCGCCUCUGACGGGGCCCAGGGUGCUGUUCUUGACGAUGACUGGUGUGCUACACAUGUUGACCAUGGAUGUCUUACCGGCCUUACCAGCGCUAUGUUCGUGGACGAAACAGCCACGAGGGCGUUGAUUCAAGGUCAUAACGCAACUGAUACUCAUCUCCCAGCACUGCCGGAGCUGCCAAGUUCACCAGACCCACAAGCGGGACUAUAUAUCCAGUCUCGAAAUGGUGAGACAGUGCAAGUUAAGAUCCCCCGGGACUGCAUUGCUUUCCAGACUGGCGAGGCGCUGGAAAAGAUCACGAAAGGGAAGUUUAGGGCUGUGCCUCAUUUUGUGAAGGGUGUCGCCCCGAAAGUAGGAGAUGGUGACAUAGCUCGGAACACACUUGCUGUCUUUACGCAGCCCAGCCUCGACGAGUUGGUGGACACCGAGAAAGGGAUUAACUUCGGUGAGUUUGCAAGAGGGGUGGUGGAGAAGAACACUUCCAAAUAGCUGUAGUCUUAGUUGUUAGUCGUUAGUCGUUAGUCGCACAUAUAUUCACGGACGUCUUGUUGG